UAAGAAAAUCUGUAGUUUUUCCAUUCAAUUCAAAUUGAAAAUGUCCAUUUUCAAGCUCAGAAAACGAGUAUGCAAUCGAAUCUUCAGCCUUUCUAAUCAUAGUCACAGAGAUGUAGCGAUUUCCAGACAUCCGCUUAUCCCACAACCUCAACGUUCACCAGCUACUGCUCAAAAUCGUGUCCUUCUGAAUCGUGGGAUAUCUGAUUUUUUGCUUAAUCGCUCCCAAAAAUUACAUGGGCUUCAACGGAGCGUUGCUACUGGUGAGUUGUUGUCUGGGCAUCGUCCAUCUGACGGAACGGCUUCGAAUUUGGCCAAGAAGCAUGAUGCUUUGGCCUCUGGCUGUGCUAAUUUUAAGAAGAUUUCUGGGUUCCCCUUUUGCUCGCCGCGCUUGUUUUCUACACAGGUGGCGGUUGAACCCUCAACAUCCGAUGGGCUUACUGUCGACGGGAUAAUUGGAAAUCGAUGGACCAUUCUGGACGAGAGCGAGAGCGAUUGGAGGAGCCAUGCUGCUGCAAUUGCCCAAUCCAUUCAUCUGAUCAAGAGGCGUUUACAGUGGAAGAAGCUGAUGAUGAGGUUGGAGCUGUUAUCCGUGGAGCUCAAUAAGGCAAAUCUGUGGGAUGAUCCUGCACAUGCAGGGAAGAUAAGCCGCGAGCAUGGUUCUAUUAUGGGUAAAAUAAAAGAGGUCAAUGCGUUUGAGCGAGAAUUGCUUGAGCAUAUUGACAUGAUAAGGCUUGCCCGAGAAGAGAAUGAUACAGAGUUGGAAUCGGAGUCACUAAAUGCUCUACUCAGGAUGAGAAGAAAUUCAAAAGAGAAAGAGCUUGAAGCUUUGUUAGCUGGAGAGAAUGAUUCUUGCUCUUGUUAUAUUGAGGUUCAAGCUGGAGCUGGUGGUACUGAGAGCAUGGACUGGGCAGCAAUGGUUAUGCAGAUGUACAAAAUGUGGGCUCAAAGACGGGGUUUCAAGGUUAUGGUUAUGGAAGAAAUGCCUGGUGAGAUUGCAGGAAUCAAGCGUGCAACAAUCAAAUUGGACGGUGAAUAUGCUUUUGGAUAUGCCAAAUCGGAAGUAGGCGUACACAGAUUGGUUCGCAUCUCUCCUUUCGAUAGUAACAAGCGACGACAUACUUCAUUCGCUGCUGUAGCGGUCAUUCCAAUCACAGGUGAUGCUUCGACUCAUGUACAAAUUAAUGAAUCCGAUCUUCGAAUCGAGCGUUUCCGGUCCGGAGGAGCUGGUGGUCAGAGUGUUAACACCACCGAUAGUGCCGUGAGGAUAGUCCAUAUACCAACAGGAAUUACAGCAACUUGUCAAAAUGAAAGAUCACAACAUCAAAACAAGGCAUCAGCGAUGGCGGUACUUCAGUCUCGAUUAAAUCAGCUCGAGAUGGCGCGUCAAGCUCAGAUGAAUGCACAUCACACGCAGAGUCUAUCUGAUAUAACUUGGGGAAACCAAAUUCGUAGUUAUGUGCUCCAUCCUUAUCGAAUGGUAAAAGAUCUUCGUACAAAUUAUGAGGUUUCAGAUCCUGACUCUGUUCUUGAGGGAGAUCUCGAUGGCUUCAUUUUGAACUAUUUGUCGACAUCCUUGGACAAAGAUGGAGAUUAACUGUAAACUAUGAUUGAUGAUGAUCCACUGAAGAUUGUGUUUGCAACAUUGAAAUGCCCAGUUUCAUCAUCUGAACUUAAAGUAGUGAAAACACUGACCUUUUUCUGACAGGAAAAUUGAAGAAGAAGCUGCCAUGUUGUAGUAAUAAGCAAGCAUAGCCAUUCAAUAAACUCAGCUUUCUUAUAAUGCUUGAUUGAUUAUUCAUUCCUUGAUUCAAGCA